UUGUCGUCUAUGGUCGUCUACAAAAAUAUUAUCGAAGACAGUUAGACAGCAAAAUUAGUAAAAAUGGCGAAUACCAUGAGCCCUGUCAAGGAAAACGCCCUUCAAGAUUAUCGAAAAAAACUUCUUGAGCAUAAAGAAGUAGAAUCACGUUUGAAAGAAAUGAGAGAACACCUCAAAGAUUUAACAAAGCAAUAUGAUAAAUCUGAAAAUGAUCUGAGAGCUUUACAAAGCGUUGGACAGAUUGUUGGAGAAGUAUUGAAACAACUCACAGAGGAAAAGUUUAUUGUAAAAGCAACAAACGGUCCACGUUAUGUUGUCGGUUGUCGGCGACAACUUGAUAAAAACAAAUUAAAAUCUGCUACAAGAGUAGCACUUGAUAUGACUACUCUUACUAUAAUGCGCUAUUUACCUCGUGAGGUUGAUCCUCUGGUGUACAACAUGUCGCACGAAGAUCCUGGCGUUGUUCCGUAUUCUGCGAUUGGUGGCCUAAGCGAACAAAUACGUGAACUGAGAGAAAUUAUAGAACUACCACUGUAUAACCCUGAACUAUUUCAGAGAGUGGGUAUAACACCUCCAAAAGGAUGUCUCUUAUAUGGCCCUCCAGGAACUGGAAAAACAUUAUUGGCCAGAGCAGUUGCUAGCCAGUUGGAUGCAAAUUUUUUAAAAGUUGUAUCAAGUGCUAUUGUUGAUAAAUAUAUUGGUGAAUCAGCGCGAUUGAUCAGAGAAAUGUUUAAUUAUGCACGAGAUCAUCAACCUUGCAUUAUAUUUAUGGAUGAAAUCGAUGCAAUCGGUGGGCGUAGAUUUUCCGAAGGUACAAGUGCUGAUCGAGAGAUUCAAAGAACUUUAAUGGAAUUGUUAAACCAAAUGGAUGGUUUCGAUUCUUUGGGUCAGGUUAAAAUGAUAAUGGCUACAAACAGACCAGACACUUUGGAUCCAGCUUUAUUACGGCCUGGUAGAUUAGACAGAAAGAUCGAGAUUCCAUUACCUAACGAACAAGCACGCUUAGACAUUUUAACAAUUCAUGCUCUUCCCAUAUCCAAACACGGAGAAAUCGAUUAUGAAGCAGUAGUUAAGCUUUCCGAUGGAUUCAAUGGCGCAGAUUUGAGGAAUGUCUGUACCGAAGCGGGACUAUUUGCGAUAAGAUUAGAACGAGAAUAUGUAGUGCAAGAAGAUUUUAUGAAAGCAGUAAGAAAAGUUUCGGAUAAUAAGAAACUUGAAUCUAAAUUAGAUUAUAAACCAGUUUAAUGGAUAUAUAUCGACUACACUCACUUUAAAUAUCAGUUACUUCGCUAACCAAUGUGUGGUUUAAUAAAACAAAUUUACUUUAUUGUAAUAAUAUUUGUAUUUUUAAUGAAAACAUAUGCUUCAAAACAACAAAUAAUUUUUUUGAUAAUAUACGAAUACUUUUGAACUUUUAUACAA